AUGGAGGCCGCGACGGCCACGGGCGCUGGGCCGGCGGGGCUUACGGCAGCUCGGGAGCGCGCGGCGGAGACGGUCUGCGGGCCCGGCCGCGACCCCCCCGGCGCCCCCCCCGGCGCCCCCCCCGCCCCCGCCUUCCUCGGCCUCCCCGCGCCCUUCGAGGAGGAAGAUGAAGACGACCGGCACAAGUGUGGCCGCUGCCAGUCCGAGUUCACCUCUUUGGAGGAAUUCGUACAGCACAAGUUGCAAAAGCUUUGCCAGAGACCCCAAGAAGCUACGGCGGCAGACCCGGCAAGUUCUCUGCGGGUGGCCUCAUCUGCAGAAGAGCCCAUAACUGUGGCUCACAUAGUUGUUGAAACUUCUCCCAUAACAGAAGAAAUCAGCAGCGCAUCUGCAAUUUUAGGCAGCGGGCACAUUAAAGAAGUGAUUGUCGUCGGCGAACAUGUCUUUGAAAACCCCAACGGCCACAUUGAUAGCGAUGUUGCUGGAGAGGAGGGGCAGGAGAGCCCCGAAGACCCAGAAGAAGGGGCAGCCAUUGAACUUGUCAAGGUUAAACUGCUGGUUAACAAAGAAGGUCGCUACGUGUGUGAGCUCUGCCACAAAACGUUUAAAACGGCCAGCAUUCUCAAAGCUCACAUGAUCACUCACAGCAGCAGAAAAGACUAUGAAUGCAAGCUAUGCGGGACGUCCUUCAGGACAAAGGGUUCACUCAUCCGCCACCAUCGCCGCCAUACAGAUGAGCGUCCUUACAAGUGCAAGAAGUGUGGGAAAAGCUUCCGUGAAUCAGGGGCUUUGACUCGGCACCUGAAAUCCUUGACUCCCUGCACAGAGAAAAUCCGCUUCAACAUGAACAAGGAAAUCGUAGUGAGCAAAGAGGAGGUAGCCCUAGGUCCCGGCAGCUCCAACGCUCAGGUUGUUUCCUCGCUGGCCGCUCAGUCCCUGGACACCUCGCCCGUCAUCCGUCUCGUGACGGACGCCAAAGGGAACGUCCUCCACGAAGUCCAUGUCCAGAUGCAGGAGAUUCCCGUUGCAGAGGCCAAAUCGCUGGACCCAGAGCCUUCCAGUCCUGAGGAGGUGCUGCCCCCUGAGGGAGAGGACAGCGAGAACUUGCUGCGAGAAGCCAUGAGGAACUCCGGGAUUGUGAUCGAGCGCGUGUCUGUGGAGGAGGCGGCCAAAUCCGAUGAUGGUGCAGACGGGGCUCCCACACCCGAGGAGCCAAACAGCAAAGAGGUGGAUGCCCCGGAGAAGCUGUGCGAGGAGCAGUACGUCGAGCAGGCAGAGGCACCAGACGCCGAGACGACAGACGGGAGCAAGCAGCACGCCUGCCCCUACUGCAGUGAAGCCUUCCAGGAGCCCACGGCCCUCGACCUGCACGUCAGCGGACAUCUAGACUACAAGCCCUUCAAGUGUGAGGAGUGCGGCAAAGAGUUCACAAAGGGCUACCUGCUGAAGAAGCACCAGGAGGUGCACGUGAACGAGCGGCGCUUCUGCUGCGGGGAGUGCGGCAAGCUGUACAAGACCAUCGCCCACGUCAAGGGGCACCGGCGGGUCCAUUCCGAGGAGCGGCCCUACCCAUGCCCCAAGUGUGGGAAGAGGUACAAGACCAAGAAUGCCCAGCAGGUCCACUUCCGGACGCACCUGGACGACAAGCCGUACGUCUGCCACUUCUGCAACCAGGGCUUCCGAGAAAAGGGCUCCCUGGUGCGCCACCUGCGCCACCACACAGGCGAGAAGCCCUUCAAGUGCUACAAGUGCGGGCGGGGCUUCGCAGAGCACGGCACCCUCAACAGGCACCUGAGGACCAAAGGGGGCUGCCUGCUCACCCUGAAAGAGGCCGACGUGUCAGAGGAAGGCCAGUCGCCAGACAGCUUGGCUGCCACCGUCAUCACUGAAGAGGCCCCGACGGUCCUGGUGGAGUUCUCGUCCGUGGUGGCAGACACCCAGGAGUACAUCAUUGAGACAGCUACUGAAGACAUGGAAACGAGCGAAGCCACAGAGAUCAUCGAAGGAACGAGGCACGAGGUGGACAGCCACAUCAUGAAAGUCGUGCAGCAGAUAGUGAACCAAGCCAGUUCCGGCCAUCAGAUCAUCGUCCAGAACGUCACGGUGGCCGAGAGCACCACCCUGACGGCCGACAGCGCCGACACGAUCGCCAUCGCCACCCCCGAGAGCCUCACGGAGCAGGUGGCCAUGACCUUGGCGUCUGCCAUCGGGGAGGGAGCAGUGCUGGCGACGGAGGACGGCGGCGAGGCGGCCCUGGGAGAAAGCAUCGAGAUCGUGGAGCACUCGGGCGAGUUCGUGAUCGCCUCCCAGGAGGGGGAGCUGGAGGUGCAGACGGUGAUCGUCUAA